AUGGGUUUACGGCGCGAGUGUUUGGAUGGGUAUCGGGACUCGAGUAAGUGUAUUGAUUACGACACCGAGAUGCAUAGGUUCAAGUACGCGUGUAUAAUAUGUGGCGAUAAGGCAACGGGCUAUAAUUUCAAUGCACUCACGUGCGAGUCAUGUAAAGCAUUUUUCAGGAGAAAUGCGCUCAAGGGCAUCAAAAGUUGUAACUUUGAUGACAAUUGUGUAAUCAAUUUGAAAACCCGAAGGAUAUGUGGUUAUUGUCGACUUAAG